AUGUUUUGGGGUUCCCGACGCAAGGAAACACCUGACGUGCAUCAGGAACCGAUUCCUCGCGAAAAGCUUCCUCCUGAAAUGCAGAAAAUCGUGGGCCGUGAUGACACAUUUUACGACGACAUCUACCCCCCUUACUCCGUGGACUCCAAAGACACCCCCUACCGAUAUGCAGGAUACGCCAAUCGACUUCGCACCAUCCUUCUAUCCGCCCAUCGCUACGUCGCCUACACCUCCGACAUUGGCGAGUCGUUCCGUCCCGUCGCUCAUCCGUACUUGGUGCGCACCGCGUACAGCAUCUCCUGGUCGUAUUUGAUCGGCGAUGUCGUCCACGAAGGCUACAAGGCCUAUCUGCGUAAUCGUCAUGUGCUCGCCCCUCCCUGCGAGGCCUACAAGGACGCUAAAGAUCUGUCCCAGGAGGACAUGGUCAUGGGUAUGGCCACGGGUAAUCUCUCUGGUCCUUUGCGUCCGAGAGACUCAGAGACGACGACAUCUUCCCUUUUACCUCAUCAACCAUCUUCUUCUUCAGACACAUUGACCCCCUGGCCAACCACCCGGAUCCCACUCAUCGAGGACUACCGCAUGGUGAUGGCCAAACGCGCCGUGUUCCAGAGUAUCGCUAGUAUGGGACUUCCUGCCUUCACCAUCCAUACAGUAGUCAAGCAUUCCGGGCGCAUGUUAAAGAACUCGAAGAGUGUAUUUUUCCGCACUUGGGCUCCUAUCGGGUUGGGUCUCUCUGUCGUCCCCUUCCUGCCUUACAUCUUCGACGAACCCGUCGACAAAGCCGUCGAAUGGGCUUUCCGUACCGGUGUUCGCGCUUACGCCGGCGAAGAUGCCGUCCGUCCCUUACCCCCUUCUGCGCUUAUUCCGGUCGAAGACUCCACGUCACUCAGCCAUGUCCUGAAAGUCCAAGGUGAGGAGAACGAAUUCAACGCUGCGACGAGCGGCGUUUCCUGGGAAGAAUACAGGGAGCAACGCCUGCGCGCCAAGGAGCAGCGGAAGCGAGACCGUGAAGAACACGGACAGAAGGGUCCGCUGGCGAUGCUGGGAUGGAGUAGUUCUAAUUCAAAGAAUAAGUCGGAGUAG